AUGCACUUUUCUGUUUGUUACCCUCUCUUCCCGUACGCUUUUUGCUCCAUUGCUUUUUUUUUUUUGUCUAGCUUUUCCAUCUCGCUGUCUAUUCUCGUCAUUUCCUUCUUGGUAUAUUAUUUUCAUUCUUCCUUGUAUUUUUGUUCUCCUUUUAUCUCGUUAUCGGAAUUAUUUUCACUUUUCUUCAUCUUUGGCGUUUUUUCUUUCCCGCUUCUUCUUUUUCUCCGUCAGUCUUUCUCAUUUCUAUCUUCUUUCUCUACGCCGACAUUCUCUAUCUUCUUCCCUAGCCGCUUUUUCUUUCUCUACGUUGGCCUUUUUCCUUUAUCUGUUCAUCUUUCUCCCUGUCGACCUUUUUCCUUUUCUUCUUCCUCGCUGUCGACUAUCUUCCAUUUCUUCUUUCUUUCUAUCGGUUUUAUUCUUUUCCCUCUUUAUCUUCUUUCUCCCUUCUUCUAUUUUUCUUUUUCUUUUCCCAUGGCGACCAUCUUCCAUUCUUUUUUCUUUUCCUCAAACGGCCUUCUUUUCCUUUUUUCUCCGUAUCGACGUUCUUUCUUCAAUAUUCUCCUUUCUGUUGGCUUUUUACCUUUCACUCUUCUUUUUCCUUCCGGUCGACCUUUUUCCUUUUCUUUUUCUUUCUCUCAGGUGACUUUCUCCCUUUCUCCCUGUCGGAAUUCUUCCUCUAUUUUUCUGUCUCUCCGUCGGCCUUCUUUCUCCCCCCAAUUCUUUCUCCCUAUCGACUGUCUCCCAUUCCUUCUUUUAUUGCCAUUAGUUUUCUCUCUUCCUUUUUUCUCCGGUCUUCUUUCCCCCUCUUCUCCUCCCUCUCCAUCAGCGUUAUCUUUUGUUCCCUUGAGUCUUUAUAGCAGAAAAUUAAAUGGUAUUAACGCUAGCGAUUUUCUCUCGUGCAUUUAG